CGAAAAUACCACGAAGCCGUCAUUGGCAGAUGUGACCGAGAUGGGAAAAGAUGAGCUGAAUAUUCGGGAUGUUUACAGAGAAACCACCGAGAUGUGCCGGUCAUAGGCUUCUCCAUCUGUUCCGGUUGGAGGGCUAACAUCAGUGCCGUACGUGGCGUGUGUGGAUAGAGAUGGCUAGUUUCUGGAUCACUUUUUGCAGAAUGGUGCCCGGUUAAAAAAUCUGAGAAAAUUCCUGGCAAUGAGGUCGACUGUGCAACAGCGGCUUGACAAAGUCCUCGCCGAUGGAGUGACCCUGCACAUGCUGCCUUGUGGAGCAUCGUGGGAAAUAUCAGGGUGUGUGGGUCCUCACUGGCCAACUUUCAAACCAUUUGUGGCGAAUGUGUUUUUAAUUAAAAUGAGGGUGCAGCGUGCUUGAUUGGCAGGAGUUGCAGCGCUGUAGAUGGGGUUACUGACGGCAGAAACUGCCAUGACCACAACCAGCAGCAGCGGCAGCAACGAAACGGCGGGGAUGUCCAACGCGACCAUAAUAACUACCGUCCCACUGACCACGCCGGCCUACCAGCAGCGUCUGCCAGUCGGUGCCAUUGUGGUCCUGACGGCACUCAUGGUCCUGAUGAUCGUAAUCAGUGCCCUGGGGAACAGCAUCGUCUGCCUGAUUGUCUACCAGAAGCCUGCCAUGCGCUCGGCCAUCAACCUGCUGUUGGCCAACCUGGCCUUUGCCGACAUCAUGGUUGCGCUGCUGUGCAUGCCCUUUGCGCUGGUGACCCUGGUGGCUGGCGACUGGCUCCUGGGGCCGGCCAUGUGCCAAAUCACGGCCUUCCUCUACCUCUUCUUCGUCAUGGAGGCCACAUUCAUCCUGGCCACCAUCUCCGUGGACCGCUACUUCAUCAUCGUCCGGCGGAAGGACAAGCUGAACCCCCACAGGGCCAAGAUACUAAUAGGUCUGUCCUGGCUGACCAGCGCCGUGGUGGCGUUUCCGCCCCUGGUCGGCUGGGCUCGCUUUGGGUACGUGCCGGGCCAUGUGCAAUGCCAAUUCAAGCCCCCUGCCAGCCCCGCGGACACAGCCUACAUCUUCUGCCUCUACCUGGCCGUCUUCUACGUCCCCUGCGCCGCCAUGUCCUUCUCCUACUUGUUCAUUCUCAACACGGUGCGCCGGAACUCGCUGCGGAUCCAGAACCACCCGGAGUCGCUCAGCAUCAGCCAGGCCAGCAAACUGGGCCUGACCAGCCUGCCGCGCCCCUCCCGCGUCAACGUGGACAUGAGCUUCAAGACGCGGGCCUUCACCACCAUCCUCCUACUCUUCAUCGUCUUUAUCGUCUGCUGGGCGCCCUCGGCCGUCAGCGUCUACGUGGAGCUCUUCUCCGCGUCGAGCCAGAUCAAUCCCGUGGGCAAGGCGUUCAUCCUGUGGCUCACCUACCUGAACUCCGCCUUCAACCCCAUCAUCUACUGCUGGCGGAUCAAGAAGUUCCGUGAGGCUUGUCGCGAACUGGCCCCCAAGACGUUCCGGCUUUUGCCCAAGCUGCCAGGACGGACACGUCGUCGGAUACGACCCAGUGCAAUGUACGAGUGCAAUGAACAAUCCUCAGUUUGACAGAUGCAGAAAAAAAGUUUCUAUUUAAAAGAAAAAUUGUGAAAGAUGCCAAUUCAAACUCCUUAAGAUUUAUUUAUUUUGGUGGUUAAGAACGUUCAUUAUAUUUUUACUUAGAAAGCAUUAGUCUCUUGAAAUUACAUACACAGAUUCAUUGCCAUGCUUGUGUAUUUUGUCUCAAAGUUCUUGGUAAAACUUAAGAGUUUAUUUUUUUUGUCAUGUGUUUCAAUUCUGUGUGGUAGCAGUAGAUUUAUAUCAAGUCAUAAAAAAUGUGUUUGUAAGCUGCAGUUAACAUGCAUCAGUAUUGAUUUACUUUUUGUUGAAUCCCAGGAUGUAUUUGAAAUAUUAAAACCGUAAACCAAGUAGAGUAUUAUAUUCAACAAAAAUAUAAAACAAAUUUUUAACCUUUGUCGGAGAUGCACACAAUAUGCUGUUUGGAUGACCAAUUUCAGUGUGACGUAAAGAAAAAUGUUUCAGGAGACUUUGAAUUUCAUCUUGAAGUUAGAACGUGUUGAACAAUCGGUCAUGUUGGUAAUGUAUGCACGAACAAGAUUUUUGUCGUUCUAGGAACCCUUGCCCUCAACGAUCCUCAGAAAUCUGUCAGGAGAUUUUUUGCCAGAUUUUUGAAUAGGAUUCAGGAAGGUAGGGCCCAGCAACCGGCAGUGGACAUGUGGCUUGAAUAUCCCUGUCCUGCGCAGCGGUGGAAAUUUGCCAGAAAAAUCAUAUUUCCCGGAGAAUUUUGAUACAGGCCAGGAGUGCAAAUGAUUAUGAUGUACUGCAGAACAGUGCUCAGAUAAAGUUCCCAGUCAAACGAGGGGAAAACUGGAAAAAAAAAAAAGAGUAUUUAACGUGUCACUGAAUCGAGAGAGAGCAAAGUUGUAAAGGUGUAAGACUCAGCAUUUGGGUCAGUUUUGCUCUCAUAUUCAUCAGCAAGAUGUGGAAAAAACUCUAGAAAUUUGCAAAAUUCAUAAUAUUGAAAGAAUCAACAGAUUGAACAAACAACUGGUACGCGACUUCUCAUUUUGCACACUCGUGACUAGUCAGUUUAUAUUUUGUGAACCUACACUGAAAAAAAAUAUGUUUAUUGUUGCAUAAUUUAUUGUCACAGUUCCUCGAAUUCUAAAAGGUCAUUGAAGCGAGACGGGAUGCCCCGUCCCCCGAGUACAAUCAUCUUUUUUUUUUUUGGUGACGAGGCAGCCGAUGUCGCCUGUGCCUUGAAAAAUUUAAUGAAACAAGAAAACCAAGGUAUUUGGAAGGUGUAUGUACCUGAUCGAUCUUUGGUGCCGGGAAGUACUCUUAUCCUAGCAACGUACAUGUUCAGCGAUAUCCAAGCACUUAAUAAUGAACCCGCCCGACAUUGAAAUUCUAUAUUUCAUUCCUUUUGGUUUCUGUUCAUGUCUCUAUCUUUUUUUUACUUGUACGUAAAUUAGUUACAUAACUAUUUGCUUGAAGCUUUGUUGCAUGGAUGCCUUCGCGAAUCGAUCCAUACUCAUAUUAACAUUUUGCAGAAGAUCCGUUAAUAUACAUGUAAAUCGCCAGAUUAAUAAUAGAUCCAAAGACGGAUCCAGAUUCAUGGGGGGAGGGAAUUUGGCGAGGGUAUUUUUAGGUAACCUGAUGGCUGAGGCUACAUUUUGAAAAACACAUUCCAGAUUUUAACAGAGUCACGGUGUUCUUCAGUGACAGAAUACAAAGCCAUUUUGUCUGGUAUCCACAGAAAGUCUUGAGUUAUUUGAGAAAGUGUGCUUGAGAUGCGCCUAUUUAUUGAAACCAUUUUAAUGUAAAUUUAUGUCAAGACUUCAGCCGGACAGACAAAAAUUUAAUUUUGGUGAAAAAUGAAGAAAAAAAAACGGUUGUAAAGCAUGACGUGCAAAAUUCAAGGUAGCUGUCUGUUCAAAUAUCAUAAGGAAACAGUUUAAAGGAAUAGAGAACCCAGCGGGAUCUCAUAUCAAUUUCACAAUUUACAUUCAAAUUGAUGACUGCUAAACGCAGUGAGUGGUACAACGUAAACUGUACAUAAUGCAAGUCUGUCGUGGACCCUAGCAUGUCCGAUAGCGUAUACCAUCUCGGCCUCAUGCAGAGACCGUCUCUCUUUAUGAUUGUGCAAUAUGUGUGCGGAAGCGGAAAUUAGUCUCGGUGAUUCUGUGGGAUUUUAUUCUUCUGCAUGCGACAUUUAUUAUUGGAAAACUCAUUCUCGAUGUUGUAACUUGCUUUCAAUUUAUUUUUCUGAGGAGAUGUUUGAAUAGUGGACGACGCAUUGCACAGCAUGGCAUGCGUUAAAAAGGGUCUGUUGCACAGUGCUGCAUGUGACCAAGUUUGACCAGUAUUGCGGUUUUUCUUACUGUUGUUAAAACAAAAUCUUUCAAUUUGAUCCAGUCAGAUGUUUAGCUUCAUGGCCUAAUGUUCAUCGCAGUAGCGGUUCUUAUUUUACCAUUUAUAACAAUAAACGGGAAUGCUCUUUUAUCUUUGUAUAGUACACCUUAAA